AUGACUAUGACAACAUUAUCUUCUUUGAUUCGGACAUCAGCCUUUUUGUCCCUUCUAAUUGGAGUGCAGGGACUCGUGGGAUCAUCUCCUCACAGUAGUGGUUGCAAAGAAAAGAGUUCGUCUAUCAGUCGACGAGAUGUGGUUUCUACAUUUGGAGGCCUAUCGGCCUUCGCCCUCUUCCAACCACCAGCGAAUUCAUUUGACAAUAAAAUCUCUGACAAGUACGACGAUAGACCCAAACAACGCGGAGGAAAGCCAAAGGAUAUUGGGGUCUCAAAGAGACAAGACAUCGCUGGCGAGGAUUACAUUGGACUCCAACAUUGCAAACCGAAUGGAGCACCAAAUUGCUUCUGCUCCACUGAAAAUGCUGAAGAUGACGCAGAGCAUUUUCUCCCUGCUUGGGUGUGGCCAGAAAGUCUUGGAGACAAGAAAGCUGCCUUUCAGCAACUAGCCGAUGUCGUGAACGCAUACGAGCCAGGACAAUCCGGUAUUGAUGGAGGUGGAUUCAAGAUUAUCACAAAUAACCCCGAAAAAGGAUACAUAUAUGCUCAAUUUGAAAGUUUGAAGAAUGGAUACAUCGAUGACUUUGAACUAGCUUUCAUUGAUGGCUAUGGAGAUAGAUCGGUUCAAGUUCGAUCCAGCAGCCGUCUGGGAUACCUCGACUUUGGUGUCAAUGCAAAGAGACUGAACUAUUUGGCAGCAAAACUUCGCGCCAAGGGUUGGGAUGCCAAGGGUGUAGAUCUUGAUACCCAUCAAAACUACGCCAUUCAAAAUCAGCUAGUAUAA